GCAAGGCUCUCGAGCCUCAAAAUGGGGGUGCCUUCCCCCAAGUAUAUAAACCUGUGACUGAAUUUCUGGAAAACUCAACAUCUACAAUCGAGUAACGAUGGCUUUCCGCAUUUGCUUCUGAGCACUCCCGACGCGAUGGGCAUCGCAACGUCAGGUACACUGGCCAUCUUGGCUAUAUUCAUGACUUUUCAAAUCGUCUAUUUCGGUAUCGAAUUCUCCUUCCAUCUCUUUUCCCCCAAGAAGAUGACCCAGAGAUGGUUCGUUCUCUUCCAGUACUUGAUCGCACCAGUGUCCAUCGGAAUAUUCGGCCUCAUAUUGAUCCCAAAUAUCUUCAGCAUUGACAAAAAGAGUGACGGAGACGUGUUUGCAUUCAAUACGACUAGCAAUCACACCUGUCAAGCUGAUAUUGAUGCGGACAUAGGAGGGUACGGCAUACGCAUCGCUAUCUGGGCACAGGGAUUCGUCAUUUUCUUCAUCGCCCUUGCUGGGACAUUCCACUCCAAGGUCACGGGUGCUAAGGAAAUUGGUGCUGGCCUCAUCAUUACGCACUUUUCCUUGGCUGUUGCUCUUAUGGUCCAACUGAAUCAAACUAAAAAGCAAAAUCACGAGACACACAGCAUACUCACCUCGGCGAGUGCAAUUCUUGGCGCCAUGAUUCUCGACUCUCAGAACAGCGCUCUUUCAAUCCUCCUAAUUACCAAAGAAACUCUCGCAUCCAGGUGGCAAGUCGGCAUAGUGAUCUUUUGCCAAGCUAUGAGUCUGGUGCUCAUACCGAUCUUGGUUAAGGGAUUCCUCCGAGAACUGCCGAACCCGCUAGCUAAUGACGGCUGCAACCACAUCCAGGUAUUUUGGUGGGGAAGACUGCGGAGCUUUCCUUACGACGACGAUGUCAAGUGUGACGAACCAAUUGCUUUCUGGAUUUACUACACCUUCAGAUGCAUCCUCUACAUUCAGAGUAGCUUUCAUGCGCUCAUGAACACGCAAAUCUUCCACGAAGCCAAAAAGGAUCCAGCUUGCAUCCUCAAGGGAAUCACGCACCCAUCGCUAGGCAAAGACGCAGACCGUGCCUGGAAUAGAUCCUGGCGCGGGAGACUCCGAGCUUGGCUUGGAGCACACUCACAGGAUGUGAAAUUUGGCCCAUACCCGACGACGGUAUCACUCAUGUACAUCGUUUAUGGACUCUUGAUGGUGACCGCCAUGGCCGCCGCGGAGAUGACGAUAAGUGGCAAGAACGCAAUUUUUGAAGAAGAAGAAAAAGAAGACGAUCAAGUACUGUCUACCGGCCAGAUCAUAGCAAUUGUUGUUGCUGCUGUGACAAUUGCCCGAGGACUGUGGCUUUUCUUCACGCUGUUCAUCAAGGAUGGGAAUAUUAAGAAAAUUACACAAGGAUUGGACUCCUUCAGAUGGCCACUACACUUCGGGUUUGACAAUUGAGAGCGUCUCAGAGUGUACUUCCAACAAUUAUUUAUGGGAUCAAGAGUUGAAGGAUCGUGAGAUAUGAAGAGGGGAACUUGUUGCUAAAAAAGGCUAAUGGUAAUGGAAGCUUACAACAUACUGCGAUUCUGUUCCGGGGAUAAGUUGACAGAGAACUUGGUCGUUGUGGUCUGGUUUCCACACGCCCGCGGCCCAAAUACCUUAAUGGGAUGUUUGUACUUUCCUAGACUCAGCCAUAAGAUUAAUAAGAGUAAUAGAGGCAUGGCUGAUGCAUAAAUGUAAUCAUUGAGAAAGCAUACGGAAAGCAAGGAUUUUUUAGUCUUCUGGAAUGGAUUGUAUGUCAAUUGAGAAAGAAACGCCUGCUGGC